AAUGUCAAAAUUUGUAAUAUUACCCUUUACAUUCAUAUAAACAAUAGAAAUAAUUUUACCUUUGGAACAGAAAAGAAAAAUACAAUUAGUAAUAAUUUUGAAGUACCGGUAAAACAGUAAACACACACGUAUACUGAGCAAUAAUAAAUCUUAAAGUAUCUAUACCAAUGGAUAAAACACUAACGAUUACAGUACUUAUACAAAGAGAGAUAUCUUUAUUUAGCUAUCUUAAGUACCUAGCUUUAGUAAUAAAUAUAACAAACUAGUCUAAAAAUACUAAAGUACUUAUCUUUAUUAUGAAAUAUAAUAGAGAGAACAAGGGUAAUAAUUUUGAUGUGUCAGUACAACAUAGCAAAUGUUGUCAUAUGCUGAAGUAAUAAUACAACUUAAAGGAACUAUGUUAAUAAAUAAAUCACUUAAACAACUAUAGUACAAAGAGAAAUAUUUACUUAGGAUAUCAGUCUAAAAUACCUAGCUUUAGCAAGAAAUACAAUAAAGUAGCCUAAAAUUUUGAAGUGCCGGUACAACACAGCAAACACAUAUGUGGAAGUAAUAAUUCAACUUAAAGUACUUAUGUUAUUGAAGAAAUCACCCAAACGAUCAAAGUACAAAGAAAGAAAUAUUUACACUUAGCUAACAAUCUGAAGUACCUAAGUUUACAUAUACAUACAUAAAUACAUAAACACUCACGCCUGUCACCCAGAGGGGUAGGCAGAGAUUAUGGACUUCCAUUUGGCACGAUCCUGACACACCUUUCUCGCUUCCUCCACAUCCAUAUACCUAUGCAUACACGCUCGUCGGUUAAAGGUACUCUUGAUUUGGCCCAUUUUUAAUAUAAGUACCUAAGUUUAGUAGGGAAUAUAUUAAAGUAGCUUAAAUACACUAAAGUACUUAGCUUUAUAAUGAAAUAUAAUAACAAGAACAAGGAAAAAGAACACUACAUCAUUGAGAAAAAUGGCAGAUCAAUUAUUUACAAAAUUAUUUACAAAAUUAUUUUUCUAUACGAAUGAAUCCAGACCAUCAACCUACAGUCAAGGAAGCCAACUGCAGCAGCAGAGCCUGGACUUGCAUGUAGAAGUUGAGGAGUACGCCGACCCAAGCAAAGAAAGCCAGCAGGUCUACUCUAAUUCAACGAAAAACGAAAUUUCGAUCGAAAUUGAUACACAAGAAGCCUCACAAUCUGCACGUCCCAGAAGAAUACGAUCUGCUGCUGGCUCCGAUGUCAGAAGCAGGUUAUACCAGUAUGAAGAUGGACGUGCAGAGAGAGAGACAGUGAGGAACACCGAGCUCGCAGGCAUCAGGGCUGCCUUGGUAGAGUUGCGUGACAUAGGGCGAGAUUAUUUAGAGUUUUUAAGGCAAAAUAGGCGUUAGGUUUUAAAUAAAUUUAUUUUUG